AUGCCUUUACGAAUUGUUUUGCAGAGUGGUGUGAAAGAUGAUCCAAUGCCAUUAGAAAAACAAGCAUGCUAUGCUUCUUUUCAUCAUCAUAUCGAGCGAAUGAAGAAAAACGUGAAGGCUUUUUCUGAUCGAAGAGUUUUUCAUAUAAAUUCAACUGCUGUUGGAGGAGGUGUAGCAGAAAUGUUAUCCAGGGUCACAAGAACAAUGAAUCAAACUGGUUUCAACGCAUCUUGGUUGACUCUAAACACAGAGGAUGAACGCUUUUUCGUCCUAACAAAGAAAAUACAUAACUUUAUUCAUGGAACAGGACCAGAUAUUGAUUUUUCUGACCAAGACAGAGAAGUAUAUGAAAGUGUUAGCAGAGAGAAUGUUGAAAGUGACGUUUUUCGAAAUGAAAUUUCAAAUGGAGACGUUAUUGUAUUGCAUGAUCCUCAACCCUUAGGAAUGGUGGUUCCCAUACGUGAAAAGUUUGGAAGUGAUAUUAAGAUUAUUUUUCGAUGCCAUAUUGGACUCGAUGAACACAAUUUCCAAACGAUUAGCGCAUGGAAAUUUUUGAAGCCUUACAUUAAUCAAGUGGAUCAUUGUAUAUUCACAUCACCGGAAUAUGUUCCAAGUUUUGUAAAAAACGUCCAUUGUACCAUUAUAUAUCCAAGUUUGUCUCCUUUCAAUCCUAAAAAUCAAGAUCUUUCAACCCAUGAAAUUUUAAAUAUUCUUAUUCAAAGUGGAUUAACCGAAGGGGAUGAAAGCAUUGAUUGGAAGAUCCCUUAUGAACACAAAGUAAAGUGUUUAUUUAAAGAUCCAAUGUCAGUGGGAAUACCCUUUAGCCCAAUUGUCACACAAAUAAGUCGAUGGGAUCGAUUAAAAGGAUGGAUCCCUCUCAUUAAGGGAUGGGUUGAAAUGAAAAGAAAUAUUGACAAGUAUUCUUCUGAUGCGAGUGAGGAAGGAAAAAACUUGUUAAGAAGUGUGAAACUCGUCCUAGCGGGUCCUAAUCCAGAGGCCAUUCAAGAUGAUCCCGAGGGUUUACAAGUUUUUGAAGAGUUGACUGUCUAUUAUGCAGAUUUAGAUCCUGAACUUCAAGAGAGUAUUGCCAUUCUGUCUCUUCCAAUGAACAAUGUCACACAAAACGCUCUCAUUGUCAAUGCUCUUCAAAGAUGUUCACUUGUGAUAUUCCAAAAUAGUUUAAGAGAGGGUUUUGGAUUGACAUGUACAGAGGCCAUGUUUAAACGUAUUCCAGUCAUUGGAUCAAGACAAGCCGUAGGAAUUCGAUUACAAAUUCGAGAUCGAAUUGAUGGACGUCUUGUCAAUGUACAAGACUCUUUAGAAAUUGCACAAGUGCUGGCAGAUGUUCUUUUAGAUGAAAAGCAACGAAUCAUGUAUGGAGUGAAUGCAGAAAAAAGAGCCAUUGAUAACUUUUUAGUGUACAAACAAAUUGAAAAAUAUUCAGAAGUGUUUCAGAAGGUACUUUAUAACAAUGGUGAGCAGAAUUAUAAUGAUAAUGAUGACUGA